UUCCAGACUGAAGAGCCCCAAAUCCCUCAGCCUUUCUUCACAAGAGAGGUGUUCCAGUCCCCUCAGCAUCUUGGUAGCCCUUUGCUGUCCCCUCUCCAGCAGUUCCCUGCCCCUCUGGAACCGGGGAGCCCAGAACUGGACAUGGCAAGAGGUGGGAAGAGGCGGGUGCCGAACCACCGCCAGCCCUGGGAGCAGCUUGGGAGGAGGGAGAGCUGGGGCUCCGCUCAUCACAUGUAAUAAGUUAACAGGCAGUGGGCUCCAGGCUCUUCGGAUGUUUGGAGUACGGAUUUUUUUAUUUUUUAUUUUUCCCCAAAAAACAUGCUAGGAAAUUAAUUGUGUGGUUUACAAUUGGCGCUGGAAGUUGCAGAGCGGCUGUUGGAGGCAGGCUCCAAAGGGACAUGUAGCUCCGUGGCUGCGUGCUCCGACUCCUCCUCGGAAGCCCUGGAGCAGAGUCGGGAGUGAGCUUGUCCCGUGACUGCGACGGGGUUUGAGCUGUUCCCUGAACUGCAGACUCAUCCCUCGCUGUCCUGGGACAAAGGUGUUGCUGCCGGAGCACGAGCGGGAAGGUGAUGUCAUGGGAGGGGAAAAAUCCAAAGGUUGCAGAGGGCAGAGGAGCGUGGGCGCCGCCGUGGGCAGCGAUGGGUGUCCUGCUUCCUCCUGAGUCACCUCCACGGGGCUGGCCUUUCACCGGGAACGCCGGGAUGUGGAGCACGGUCCGGGGCUGACGCCGUCGGGGGGUUCUGCUGGUGUCUCCAGCGGAGGGGAAGAUGCUCUCUGCCGCCGCCCCACCUGGGUUCUCCUGCCAAAAGCCCUUGGGGCACAUCUAGGCGUGUUGGCGUGCCGUGCUCGAGGAAGGGCUUAUCCCGAGCCCUCCCGUGCCUGAAUCACAGUUGGAAGUGUCCCAAGAGAAGUCAGGAAGCGUCGCCUGGGAGCCGGUGAGAGAGCUCGCUGCCUGCCCGGGGAGGGGGGGACCGCACGCAUGCGAGCAGGACCGCAGCCCCCCCGAGCCCAGCCCUGCGCUAAGGUUGGGGUAGCCCGGCUGGCCGGCCAGCAGCAGGAGCGAUGGCCCAGUCCCGGGCCAAUGGCUCGCACUACGCCCUGACGGCCAUAGGGCUGGGGAUGCUGGUCCUUGGCAUCAUCAUGGCCGUCUGGAACCUCGUCCCCGGCUUCGGCCCCACUGCCAAACCCGCUGCCCACGGCGGCAACAGCAGCAAGCCCGACCGUGGCACCGGGGGCAUUUUGAAGAGCAAGACCUUCUCGGUGGCGUACGUGUUGGUGGGAGCGGGCGUGCUGCUGCUCCUGCUCUCCAUCUGCCUCAACAUCCGCGACAAGAAGAGGCAGAGCGAAGACAUCCCGCGCAUCCAGCACCAGGCGUCGGUGGAGCCCUCGCACCAGGAGGACAGUCAAGAAGAGGACGAAGAUGUGUCUUCCCAGUACUACGUCCCCAGCUACGAGGAGGUGAUGAACACGGGCUACUCUGAGCCCAGGGACUCGGACAGGAGCAACAGGAUGAGCGUCUCCCUGCCCUCCUACGAGUCGCUGACGGGGCUGGAGGAGGGCACCCAGCCGCCGGGCGCUGCUGGCACCGAGCCCGGCACGGAGAGACAGCCCGGCCGGCACAGCUCGCGUCUGAGCAAGCGCCUGAAGCCGCUGAAGGUCCGGAGGAUCAAGUCAGAGAAGCUGCACCUGAAGGACAUCAGGCUGAACCUCUCGGAGGGGAACAGCACCGCCCCCAUCACGAUAGAGCCGCUGACCCCGCCGCCCAAGUACGAGGAGAUCCAGGAGAAAGCGCCAGAGAGCCAGCCAAGAGGGAAUCUGUGAUGCUGCUGAGGUGGUUUUUUAGUUUGGUUUGGUUUGUUUGGUUUUUUUUAAGAAGGACGACACUAAGAGGGGCUCAGUCUGUGGGUGCGGAAGCGUUCGGGGCUCCGUGGAGGACACGAUGGGUGCGUGGCGCUGCCGCACGGGGAGAGGACACGCUUUCCCCGGGAUGGGGGUUUGGCAAAAGACUGUGGGGAAGGAAACCUGAAUGCCAGUGGGUCUGCUGCUCUGGAGUAACUGAAGGCUGGAAGUACCGAAAGUACGAUUUGUGGUGGUUUACGUAAGGACCACCGGACGUGUCUUCUCUCCCCCUCGCGCCAGCAAGACGUUCUCAAGCCACCAAACCGAUACAGGACAAGGAUUUUCCAAGGGGAAAAGGGCAACGCUCCUUUUUCUUUUUUUUUGGUGCCUUUUCUGCCCCAGCAAGGGAAACGGCGUCGCUGGAGUAGCGCGGCAGCGUUACCGAUCUCCCGGCUGGGGCUGGGAUGGUGGCCCAGGGCCAGUCCCGACUCCUCGACUCCUGCCAAGGUCUCGGCUUGCUGGUAGGCAGGGGGCUGGGACGAGCCCCGUGAUCCUCAGGGAGAGGACGGAUUUCUUACCUCGGUUGCUUUCCCUGUUGUGUUUUAUGCUCUGACGCGAAGGGAUGGUCCGUUUGAGGCCAAGCGGAUCGAUCCGGGGGGUCGGGAGCGGGGCGGCACCCCUGGCAGGAGGUGUGCGGGGUGAGACGACUGCGGAGCAUGCUGUGCCAGCAGACCUGGGGCUAAAUAAAUGUUUUGUACCUUG